AAAGGCUGGGCUCUCCCUAGCAUUAUCUAAACACACACAUAAGCGUGCAGCCACGAAGCAAACGCCUCUGCCCACUCAGACGCUCCUAAAGCUGUUUUUCUGCUGGAGAUCAGCGAGAGCGAACAGCUGCUGAGGACAGACGAGAAGAACAGAGAGGAGGAGGAGGAGGAGAAAGAAAAAAAAAUCCUCUUGAACUUCUGUCAGCCCAGUUCAGUCAGUCUUCAGGGAGAGAGCCUUCUCUUGGAGUGGGGUUUUUUUCCCCUAUGUGACACAAGGUGGAGAAAAGAAGAAGAGGGAACUGGAGUUCACGCAAGUGAAUGGGUUGCCAUGGAUACUCACCCAGGGAGCCUGACUCGUGCAGAAUGAAUGGAGGCAGAGCCAAGUGAAAAGAUAAACUAGGCAAAGGGAGUCACCGGAGAAAGAGCGAGUGACUGAGAGAAGAGAGGAGAAGCGGUGGAUAGCAGAGGAAGUGGAGCAGCGGCUAAGAAUGGAGGACGGCUUUUCCAGCUACAGCAGCUUGUAUGACACCACGUCGCUGCUGCAGUUCUGCAAUGAUGACAGCGCGUCAGCAUCAAGCAGCAUGGAGGUCGCCGACCGCAUCGCCUCCCUGGAGCAGAGGGUCCAGAUGCAGGAGGACGAGAUCCAGCUGCUCAAGUCCGCUCUGGCCGACGUGGUUCGCCGCCUCAACGCGUCUGAGGAGCAGCAGGCCAUGAGCUCACGUCGAGGGCCAACCAAAGAGCCUGCUUUGAUGAGAAAGUCUCCCUCGGCUGACAGCCAUGUUGGGAAGUCAGCCCGGCCAAUGAUCGCCACGCUGCCGUUAAGACCCUCGGUGAACAACGGCACCAUCCUACCAAAGAAAGGCGGUGGCACUCUGCCCUCCCCAUCUGGGUCUGGAUCCAGGAAAGACACGAGCACAGCAUCCACCAGGAGUUUGUCUCCUUUGUCUCUGCCGUCCAGAAUUCUUUCACCGCUGCUGAGCACGGUGAGGAGAGCCAAUUCCAAUGAGCACGUUGGGUCCCUCACGCGGAAAGAUUCGGGCGACUCCAAGGGCAACCGAACUCGUGCGGGGUCCACAGGCAGCAAUUCCAGUGGCAAAAGAAGUGACAGCAAGCAGAGGGACCCAGUGUUCAAUGCAGGGAUGCGACGUGUGACACACUGCAAAGAGGAAGGUUAUGUGAAAAUGUAUUUGAAAGGCCGUCCCAUUACCAUGUUCAUGCCCAAAGACCAAGUGGAUGGCUACUGUCUGGAAGCGAGAGCAGACCUUCCGGCCAGCAAGCUCAAACUGGACUGGGUAUACGGUUACCGCGGUCGAGACUGCCGCUCAAAUCUUUACUUGUUGCCCACUGGAGAAACUGUGUACUUCAUUGCCUCUGUGGUUGUCCUCUUCAACGUGGACGAGCAGCUGCAGAGACACUACACUGGACACACGGACGACAUCAAAUGCUUGGCAGUCCACCCCGAUAAAAUCACCAUAGCGACCGGGCAGGUGGCGGGUACGUCUUUAGAGGGGAAAUUGGCGCCACAUAUUCGCGUGUGGGACUCCGUCAGCCUCAACACCCUCCACGUUCUGGGAGCCGCUUACUUUGAGCGAGCCCUCGUCUGCUUGGCUUUCUCUAAGUCGAAUGGAGGAAACACAUUGUGUGUUGUUGACGACUCGAAUGACCAUGUGCUGUCCGUAUGGGACUGGCAGCGAGAAGACAGACUGGCUGAGGUCAAGACAUCCAACGACACGGUGUUUGCUGCAGACUUUCACCCGACUGACAGCAACAUCCUGGUGACGUGUGGCAAGUCGCAUCUCCAUUUUUGGAGCUUGGAAAAAGGCAUGCUGGUCAAGAAGCAAGGACUUUUUGAGAAACAGGAGAAGCCCAAGUUCGUUUUAUGUGUGACCUUCGCAGAAAAUGGAGAUACUAUCACUGGGGACUCAAGUGGAAACAUCUUGGUGUGGGGAAAAGGCACUAAUCGCAUCAGCCACGUCAUCCACGGAGCUCACGAAGGCAGCAUCUUUGCCCUGUGCAUGCUGAGGAAUGGCACUCUGGUGACUGGAGGCAAAGACUGCCGCCUCAUCUCCUGGGACAGCGGCUACCAGCAGAUCCAAACAGUGGAGGUGCCAGAUUUGUUUGGUCCUAUCCGGACUGUCGCAGAGGGCAGAGGGGAGUCUGUUCUCAUUGGAACCACAAAGAACUUUGUUUUGCAAGGCAGCUUGGAUGGAGAGUUUGUACCCAUUACUCAGGGUCACACUGAUGAGUUGUGGGGUCUGGCCGUACAUCCCUGUAGGCCCCAUUUUCUCACAUGUGGCUAUGAUAGGCAAGUCUGUAUGUGGGAUUCCAGUUCACAUCAGCUGAUCUGGAGUAAAAACAUGGAAGACACUGCCCAGUCAGCAGACUUCCACCCAUCUGGAACUGUUGUUGCUAUAGGAACCCAGAUUGGCAGGUGGCUGGUACUGGAUACUGACUCAAAAGAUUUAGUCACGGUGCACACAGAUGGAAAUGAACAACUUUCCGUGAUGAGCUUCGGCCGAGAUGGCAACUUCCUGGCCAUCGGCUCUCAUGACAGCUACAUCUAUAUCUAUGCCGUGGCAGAAAACGGCAGGAAGUACAGCAGAGUGGGGAAGUGCUCAGGUCACUCGAGUUUCAUCACCCACCUGGACUGGUCAGUCGACUCCCAGUACCUGGUGUCUAACUCAGGAGACUACGAGAUACUGUACUGGAUCCCCUCCGUGUGCAAACAGGUGGUCAGCAUGGAGACCAUCAGAGAUAUUGAAUGGGCCACACACACCUGCACUCUAGGCUUUCAGGUUUUUGGCAUGUGGUCUGAUGGCUCAGACGGCACCGACAUCAAUGCUGGCAGCAGAUCCAAUGAUAAGAGCCUCCUCGCUACCGGGGACGACUUUGGGAAGGUCCAUCUCUUCUCCUUCCCCUGUUCUCAGUUCAGGGCUCCCAGCCAUGUUUAUGGAGGCCACAGCAGCCACGUGACCAACGUGACCUUCCUGUAUAAUGACAGCUGCCUGGUGUCGACCGGAGGGAAGGACAUGAGUGUGAUGCAAUGGAGGAUAGUUUGAGCGACAAGACUUGGAACGUGGACUUCCCUCUGCCGUUGCUCACGCCAAGUGGAAGCAAAACCAGAUUGCACUACGAAAGAACCAAUUGAAAUGCCUAAUAAUGUGGAUCUGAACUGAGGUGAAUUAAUAGAGGGUUUUCAUUGCAGGUCUGCUUUCAGGUCUCGGGUGAGAUGAUCUGGUGAAGUGUGAUGUGUUGCUUCGUGUUUCUCCCUGUUUUUUUCUUCAUUCAGUCGCACUACAUGGAAAAUCCCUCCAACAUACUCUAGUCCAGUGUUCCCAACCUUAUUUGAACCAUGGCACAUAUUUUGCAUGACAAAAAAAAUCUCGCCCACACCACCAAAUACAAAUGUUGUACACACAGGAUAACGCUGUCCCUUCUGCCAUCGAGUAGAAAAGCAUCAAAUUCAUUCUGCCUGUCACAAUACAUUACUGAUGUCGGGGAACAAAGAUGAAUAAAGUUUAAAAGUUCCCGCAAUAUCCCACAGCCCAUCUGAUGGUCUUGUACAGCAAACUGGUUCGAAAUCACCGCUGUAGUCCACUCACAUGAGACGAAUAACCCAAAUUUUAAAGAACCAAAGGCUCAUAUUUAUGACACCAUUCGUGCAAUUGCACACACUUCUCACAGUUUAUGUAUGGACUGAAGUUUUUGUAUUUUUUGACUGACAUUACACUAAUCAAGCCAAAAGAGGAGGAUUGGAUGGCAAACUGUGCAUGGAAAUUUUUGUUGUUGUUGUUUUUUGGGGUUUUUUUCUAUUGUAUUGAACCACUCAGGAAACUCCCUGGACAAGUACACCCAAGUACACAAGUACAUCAUGACUACAACACAUAAAUUUGACAAAUCACGCAACUAAAUACCUUUUUACUGUCAGGGUACAUUUUCAAUCGUCCGAGUGCCAUUGAUCAAACAAAUAUUAUUAAAUACUAUGAGCUUUUUCGGGUUAAAUGUCUUUGGGGUUUUUUUUAAUCACAGUUCCUCUGUGGUUAUAUUUACUUUGACAAUUGCAUGCCGGUCUGGAUCAAACAUUGCAGCGGGGCCAUAGGUUCCGCACCUCCUACCCUAAAUUUAUGUUGCUAAAUUGCAUUUGAUUUAUAUGCAUUUACAAACGGUCGAUCUGAUAUUUAACUUAAAGGACAUUUAUACCACAAAUAAAAACACUGAGUGGGGAGUUGUUGUAAUUCCAAAAAGACACCUUGUUUCUGAAAUCAAACAA